ACGAAAUUGUUGUAUUUGUAUUUUAUCAUGUCCUGAAAAUUAAAAUAAAUAAAACAGAAUCAAAAAGUUAUAUUUGGUAAGGUACUUGCACAAAGAAAUAAAUCGAGUGCAAUGGAAGCAGUUUCUUUGUUCACUAUCGUGUAGUGUUAGUGCCGAAACAACAAAUAAAUUAGAACGUUCAAUAUAAACUUUUCUCACGCCAAUGAAGCAGAAUUAUACAUCUUAGGUAUACAAAGAAAAAUAAUUUAAAAUGUCUGAGUACGAUCUUCAGUUCCAAGAGGAUUUAGAAAAGGCUCAGGCUUUAAGUUUAGAAAGUCUGGCAUUGGAACAGUUUCGAAGGCAGAAGCAGUUAGCUACUUCAGGUGUAGAUAAUGGACGAGAUACAGGUGGCAGUAGUGUACGACGCAAAGAGGAAACCGACGGGCCACCGCCAGCAUUGCCUCCGCCGCCGAGAAAACCGCCUCGCAGAGCUAAUAGCUCUGAGACUUCACGGUCGACAGGAACUAGUCCAACACGCUUGGAAACAAGUGACUUGAUAUCAUUCGCUAGUCCGACCAGCAAGAGUGCGCCAAAAGAUUCCCAUACUUCCCUCAAAGAAUACAUCGAUCAGAUAUCCAAACUGGGCACACAGACUGAAGAACUCACGAUAAGCACACCAGAUCCAUCAACUACAAUGAACAACCAGUAUAACCAAAGACCCGGCUACAAUUAUGGCCCACAAUAUCCUUACAACUACCCUCCUCCAUAUAUGCAAAUGCCACCAUAUCCUCCCUCGCCAUAUGUUAUGCCACAUCCUAUGCCCAAUUAUCAGUACUACCCAGCUGGACAAGAACAUCCUCCUCCAUACACACAGCCUCCUAUGUACGCUCCUUCGAUACCAUAUUCCCAAACUAGAAUGGCCACACCAUCUCCCUACAUUCCAUAUCCACCACAAUCGCAUUACAACUACAAUACAACAAAUAUGAUAUCGAGGCCGACUCGGCCAGCAACUAUUUACCCUCAGUUGAAUCAACUGCACACAUACCCAACUAUGCCACAAAAUACAGCACAAACUAAACCAGAAAAAGUCGACAACAAUAACAUAACACAAGUUGUAAAGAUCGAGCCAAAAGUGGAACCCAAGUCUCGGAAAUCGUCUGAAGUUAGCGUCGAAUCAAACGAGUCAGCAGAUACCGUAGCGAGCCUGCCAAAGAGCAGCAAUCUGAUCGACUUCGGACGCAAGCCGCAAGGUAGCGUAAGAGUCAGUGUGUUGGAGGCGUUUGACCCGCUUUUAACUGAUCAGUCGGAGUACGCAGUAGGUAGCGAGAACUCAAGCGUACGCAGCGUGUACGAGGACUACGAUCCGCUUGACUUCCUCUAUGGAGAGACAGAAUUACGAGAAGCGCCAAUAUAUGGUACAGUGCGGAAAGAAGGCCCAGUGUUGCCAUCUCCACCGCCGAAGACGAUACCUAGCGUGCCGGCGGUUGCUAAGCGACAGACUACCAAUAAACUCUACGACUGUAUAGAGAAAAUACGAACAAGGAAUUACGAUAGCGAGCACAAAGCCUUUCUGCAAAUGGUCCUCGACGUCAGAAAAAAGUUCACAUAUACGGACGAAAAGUCGAACCCCGGGCAUGUAAUAGCGGCGCGGUCGGGCGGCAAAUAUCCACCCAACACGAGUAUAAAGAUUCUAGUCCAUAACUCGCACACUGACGAGCCUAUCACUUUCACUUCUGAUGUUGAGUCUACUGUUGAACAUGUUAUAUUAACUGUGGUAUGCUCACUCGAUGAAGACAUUAGAGAUGACAUGUCCGGUUACAUGCUAAGGGUAUGGGGUGCGAAAGAGUACCUAACACCGGGCAGUUCGCUCAGCGAAUACGACUACAUUCGCGAAUGUGUUCGGCUAGAAAAAGAUGUGCGUUUGUGUCUACACGAAGGGAGGGAUACUUCACUUGCUAGGACGGAUGUUGAUGAUGCUAGAGAUGCUCAUUUGACAUUGGAUGAUCUAAUGCCAGUACAGGGAGCCACACAGACGCUGAGUUUCGACAAUCUGUCUAUAUUGUUAGAAACGCUAGAAGGCGAAUUAUCCCGUGCCAUAGGCGUGGUAGGAGCAGAAGGCUGCUGUUCACCGAACGGCGUGUUCCAAGCGGUGAAGGCGAUCUGUGCGCUCGCGGGCGGCGUGGAAACGUUACACGUCACGCACACGCUCAAUGCGUUCGCGCAGGCUUGUACUGCACAGGUAACAGGCGCAGUCCGUCCCGAGAUCCAAUCGGACAAUGGCCCAUACUGUUCAGUAUCAGUACGCGCAGCGAACGUUCGAGAAACUCUAGCGCAACAAUGUGCACGUGUGCGAGAUGCAGUGCGAGGGUUGUUAGCAUUGUAUACACGGACGCAUCUAUUGGACUUCCGUUUACGUGACUCGCCUAUACUACUGCCAGAUCCAGCUAAAGCGGUACCAGCACACACUAUAACCGAAACGGUGCUAUUCUGCAUCGAGGCGGUCCACAAUUUGCCAAUGUGUUGGAACCACGACGAGUUUCUGUUCCACGCUCAAAUAUACUACGGAACGAGGCCGUUGAAGACGCUACAUCUAACGCAUACGUCGAGAAUUGAAAGCGGUGGAUUCUAUCCUAGGAUUAUAUUUGAUAUAUGGAUAAACAUGGAAGACAUGCCGAUCCACACGCUUCCACGCGAAGCGCGUUUAGUACUAACUCUAUAUGGGCGCACGGAACGUAAAGAACAUGACGCUAGCAACACUGAACCUACUGAAGAUGGGCAACAUGGCGCAGCUGAUGGUGAUGUGCAGUUCGAGCAACACGAGCUUGGCUGGGCGGCGGUACAGAUGUUUGAUUAUGAUGGUAUGCUAGCCUCCGGCAGCUACAUAGUGAGUCUGUGGCCGAGUGCGUGCGACCGGCGGCUCGGCCCCGCGCCGCACCCUGCGCACGCGCCCCCACUGCCCUGCCCUACACUUAAUAUUGAAAUCCCCUCCUACAACCGGCUGGGUGUAAAGUGGGUAGAAGCAGAAGAGAAGCCCAUAGCAGUGGAAGAUUUACCUUCAUUCGAUUCCUUGGACGGUCACACGCAAUCGCAACUCUUGCAUCUUAUAGAACAGGGAGCUUAUCAGAGGAUGCCUACUGAGUGUAGAGAGAUACUAUGGGAGAAACGACAAUAUCUAGUGGAACUUCCCGGAGCAAUGCCGCUAGUACUUCUAGCGGCUACAAAUUGGUACGGCGAGCAUCGACAGCAACUUGUAUCACUAUUGCAGUUGUGGGAGAAACCGUCGCCGUUGAACGCCAUGCAUUUGCUGCUGCCCUGUUUCCCAGAUUUAGCGGUUCGCAAGCUAGGCAGUGAAAUGGUACGAGACAUGUCCGAUGACGAGCUUAUGCGUGUGUUGCCGCAGUUAGCGCAAGCACUGCGUUAUGAGACUUACGAGUGUAGUGCUUUGGCUGAGGUGUUACUGUCAAGAGCGCUCAGUUCUCCAGCAGUUGCGCACAAACUGUUUUGGCUUUUAGUACACUCCUUGCCGAAUGUACCACAGGCACCAAACGACGAGUUCCUCGGCAUUACGCUAGAAGAGAACGGCACUGAGAGCGGUGAUCUCGAUGCAAGUGCAGUGGGCGCGGGACGAUACCGACUGUUAUUACGUGCACUGCUUGCCGCUGCUGGUGCUGCACUGCGUGAUACUCUGUUGCGGCAGCAGGUGCUGGUUAAGAAUGUGUCCGAAGUGGCUAUGUCGGUGAAGUGUGCGAAAGAAAACCUUCGACAACGUGCUCUAUACAUGGGCGGGGAGAAACUAGCUGCGUGCUUGCGGCGACAACCCUCCGCGUUGCCGUUCGCGUUGCAUCGAUAUGUGCAUGAUAUUGAUAUCAAAUCAUGUUCGUACUUCUCGUCGAAUACAUUACCAUUAAAAAUAAACUUUAUUGGUGUAGACAAUGCUGUGGUACCGGCUAUGUUCAAGGUUGGCGAUGAUUUGAGGCAAGAUGCAUUGGUAUUGCAAGUUAUUAAAGUAAUGGACAGUCUGUGGUUGAAAGCUGGAUUAGAUCUACGCAUUGUCACCUUCCAAGCGCUGCCUACGAGUAAUAAACGAGGUAUGAUAGAAAUAGUAUCAGAAGCGGAGACACUCAGAGCAAUUCAAACGGAGUGGGGUCUCACAGGCUCGUUCAAAGACAAGCCGAUAGCAGAAUGGCUUGCGAAACACAACCCAUCAGAGUUGGAGUACCAACGGGCUAGGGAUAAUUUUACUGCAUCAUGUGCUGGCUACAGUGUUGCUACAUAUCUGCUGGGUAUUUGCGAUCGACACAACGACAAUAUUAUGUUAAAGACAUCCGGCCAUCUCUUCCACAUCGACUUCGGGAAGUUUCUCGGCGACGCUCAGAUGUUUGGUAACUUUAAACGCGACCGUGCCCCCUUCGUGCUGACCCACGACAUGGCGUACGUGAUCAACGGCGGCGACAGGCCCACGCAGCGCUUCCAGCACUUCGUGGAGCUGUGCUGCAUGGCCUUCAACGUGGUGCGGGCGCAUCAUGACCAUAUACUGGAUUUAUUUGCGCUGAUGGCGAUGUCAGGCGUGUCGGGUGUAACAAGUGCGGCAGUGAACUACGUGCGCAGUGCACUACUCCCCGCCGCAACUAACGCGGAGGCGGCCGCGGCGUUCGCGAGACUCAUACACUCGUCGCUCAAGAGCAAAUUUACACCAAUCAACUUCUUCCUACACAACCUGGCGCAGUUACGAGCGAGUGGAGAUCAAAACAGCAGUUCUUCUGAAUUACUAUCUUUCAUGCCGAGAACUUAUACCAUGUCACAAGAAGGCCGCAUAAUCCGUGUAGAAUGCCUCAGCUACGAAAAGCGCUACGACCCGGAGAAGCACUACGUGUACGCGCUACGCGUACAUCGGCUCGGGCAGGCUACACCCGCGAUCGUGUACCGUUCCUACAAGCACUUCACGGAGUUGUAUCAGAAGAUCUGCUUGCACUUCCCACUAGCUAAAGUACACAGUCUACCGUCGGGCCUGCACGUGGGCCGGUCGAACGUGCGGCAAGUGGCGGAGCGGCGGUUCGGCGACGUGCAGGCGUUCCUGUCGUCGCUGUUCGGGCUCGCGGACGAGAUCGCGCACUCGGACCUCGUGUACACGUUCUUCCACCCGCUGCUGCGCGACCAGCAGGACGUCGAGCCGCAGCGGCUGAGGCCUGGUGAAACAUCAGAACCAGAAAGCAGCGGUUCCGGUUCGCUAAAACUAUCCGUACAGCACGCGGGUGGUGUGCUAUCCGUGCUUAUCUUGCACGCACAGUCGCUCGCCACUACACCGCAGGGCCUGCCGCCUAACCCUUAUGUCAAGGUGUAUCUCGUCCCGGAUCCGACCAAAGAAACGAAACGCAAGACGCGCGUGCUCAAACGGAACUCACAUCCGUCAUUCAUGGAGAUGCUCGAAUACCGUUUACCGCUCGAAGUUGUCAAGACCAGGAGUCUCCAAGCCACAGUAUGGCACUACGACUCAUUACAAGAGAACCAGUUCCUCGGUGGAGUCGUUAUACCCUUGGGCUCUUUACCCCUGAAGCAAGAGACCGUUGCUUGGUACCCCCUGGAGUAUAUACCCCGGUAGCUAGUGCUGGCCCGCUCCGCCAUAUGGAGUACUGACUUUUGUAUGCGGUAGUGAUGGUUUAGGGAAUGCUGUUGUGACUGAAGAAGGAAAUAUUGCAGUAUAGGAGGAUAUACCGCUUUGUGUCGAGUAGUGUUGGUUUAUGUGAUGGUGCGAUUCUCGUAUUGGGGAAAUUACCCUUGUAUAAUAAUGUUACCUUGUAACAUGUACCAACGUGGCGUGCGUGGAGUGGUUCUCGUAUUGAGUGUCGCAAGGGGGGAUUUCGAGUGUGGGUCAUAUCAAAAUAUUAUUGCA